AUGUUUUUUUGCAUAAUGAUAUUAAAAUGCAAAGACUGCAAAUAAAUAUCGAUUUUAAAAUUGUAUAAAUCUUCAGAUGUUUCAACAAUUAUUAAUAUAGAUAUUGAUAAAUAUCCAAAUUUACUUACUUAAUUGUAUAUAAAUUAUGUUCCUUUUGCUGAUAUAAUUUAUAAUAACUAAUUUUUAGAUGGAUAUUUCAAAAAUGUAAAGUUUUAUCGAUUUAAAAGAUGA